AUGGGGUAUAAGAAGACAAAUAAAGGGACCUGGAGACUGACGCCACAGCAAGUAUAUCACGAGCCUCCGUUUUCUCUCCAUGUAUAUCUAUAUCAGAAGCCUCCGUUUUCUUUCCAAGUAUAUCACAAGCCCCCGUUUUCUCUCCAAGUAUAUCACAAGCUUCCGUUUUCUCUCCAAGUAUACUGCAAGCUUCCGUUUUCUUUCCAAGUAUAUCGCAAACCUCCGUUUUCUUUCCAAUAUAUCACAAGCCUCCGUUUUCUCUCCAAGUAUAUCACAAGCCUCCGUUUUCCCUGCAAGUAUAUCACAAGCCUCCGUUUUCUCUCCAAGUAUAUCACAAGCCCCCGUUUUCUCUCCAAGUAUAUCGCAAGCCUCUGUUUUCUCUCCAAGUAUAUUCUCCAAGUAUAUCACAAGCCUCCGUUUUCUCUGCAAGUAUAUCACAAGCCUCCGCUUUCUCUCCAAGUAUAUCACAAGCCCCCGUUUUCUCUCCAAGUAUAUCGCAAGCCUCUGUUUUCUCUCCAAGUAUAUUACAAGCCUCCGUUUUCUCUCCAAGUAUAUCACAAGCCCCCGUUUUCUCUCCAAGUAUAUCGCAAGCCUACGUUUCUCUCCAAGUAUAUCUCAAGCCUCCGUUUCUCUCCAAGUAUAUCACAAGCCCCCGUUUUCUCUCCAAGUAUAUCGCAAGCCUCCGUUUUCUCUCCAAAUAUAUUACAAGCCUCUGUUUUCUCUCCAAGUAUAUCACAAGCCUCCGCUUUCUCUCCAAGUAUAUCGCAAGCCUCCGCUUUCUCUCCAAGUAUAUCGCAAGCCUCCGUUUUCUCUCCAAGUAUAUCUCAAGCCUCCGUUUUCUCUCCAAGUAUAUUACAAGCCUCCAUUUUCUCUCCAAGUAUAUCACAAGCCCCCGUUUUCUCUCCAAGUAUAUCACAAGCCUCCGUUUUCUCUCCAAGUAUAUCACAAGCCUCCGUUUUCUCUCCAAGUAUAUCACAAGCCUCCGUUUUCUCUCCAAGUAUAUCUCAAGCCUCCGUUUUCUCUCCAAGUAUAUCACAAGCCUCUGUUUUCUCUCCAAGUAUAUCACAAGCUUCCGUUUUCUCUCCAAGUAUAUCGCAAGCCUCCGCUUUCUCUCCAAGUAUAUCACAAGCUCCGUUUUUCUCUCCAAGUUAUAUCACAAGCCUCCGUUUUCUCUCCAAGUUAUAUCACAAGCCUCCGUUUUCCUCUCCAAGUAUAUCACAAGCCUCCGUUUUCUCUCCAGUAUAUCACAAGCCCCCGUUUUCUCUCCAAGUAUAUCACAAGCCUCCGUUUUCUCUCCAAGUAUAUCACAAGCCUCCGUUUUCUCUCCAAGUAUAUCAGAAGCCUCCGUUUUCUUUCCAAGUAUAUUACAAGCCUCCGUUUCCUCUCCAAGUAUAUCACAAGCCUCCGUUUUCUUUCCAAUAUAUCACAAGCCUCCGUUUCCUCUCCAAGUAUAUCACAAGCCUCCGUUUCCUCUCCAAGUAUAUCACAAGCCUCCGUUUUCUCUCCAAGUAUAUCGCCAGCCUCCGUUUUCUCUCCAAGUAUAUCACAAGCCUCCGUUUUCUCUCCAAGUAUAUCACAAGCCUCCGUUUUCUCUCCAAGUAUAUCGCAAGCCUCCGUUUUCUCUCCAAGUAUAUAGCUGACGUCGACUUCUGCGAUCUGUUUGCUCCGAGCUCGGCAAUAACAAGUUAUAUUGACAAAAUGUUCCUUAUGCAGAAAGUAACAUAA